AUGCAUCGUAAUGUGUCAUACCUUAGAAAAAGAAACUUAUUGUUGCAACAAAUAGUAGAGUCUGCUUCUGUGGCCCCAGUGUACCCGAGGUGUGGCCCUCAGUGUACCCGAGGUGUGGCCCACAGUGUACCCGAGGUGUGGCCCUCAGUGUACCCGAGGUGUGGCCCUCAGUGUACCCGAGGUGUGGCCCCCAGUGUACCCGAGGUGUGGCCCCCAGUGUACCCGAGGUGUGGCCCACAGUGUACCCGAGGUGUGGCCCACAGUGUACCCGAGGUGUGGCCCCCAGUGUACCCGAGGUGUGGCCCCCAGUGUACCCGAGGUGUGGCCCCCAGUGUACCCGAGGUGUGGCCCUCAGUGUACCCGAGGUGUGGCCCUCAGUGUACCCGAGGUGUGGCCCCCAGUGUACCCGAGGUGUGGCCCCCAGUGUACCCGAGGUGUGGCCCCCAGUGUACCCGAGGUGUGGCCCACAGUGUACCCGAGGUGUGGCCCCCAGUGUACCCGAGGUGUGGCCCACAGUGUACCCGAGGUGUGGCCCACAGUGUACCCGAGGUGUGGCCCACAGUGUACCCGAGGUGUGGCCCACAGUGUACCCGAGGUGUGUCCCACAGUGUACCCGAGGUGUGUCCCACAGUGUACCCGAGGUGUGGCCCACAGUGUACCCGAGGUGUGGCCCACAGUGUACCCGAGGUGUGGCCCUCAGUGUACCCGAGGUGUGGCCCCCAGUGUACCCGAGGUGUGGCCCCCAGUGUACCCGAGGUGUGGCCCUCAGUGUACCCGAGGUGUGGCCCUCAGUGUACCCGAGGUGUGGCCCUCAGUGUACCCGAGGUGUGGCCCUCAGUGUACCCGAGGUGUGGCCCUCAGUGUACCCGAGGUGUGGCCCUCAGUGUACCCGAGGUGUGGCCCUCAGUGUAUCCGAGGUGUGGCCCUCAGUGUACCCGAGGUGUGGCCCUCAGUGUACCCGAGGUGUGGCCCUCAGUGUACCCGAGGUGUGGCCCUCAGUGUACCCGAGGUGUGGCCCCCCAGUGUACCCGAGGUGUGGCCCUCAGUGUACCCGAGGUGUGGCCCUCAGUGUACCCGAGGUGUGGCCCUCAGUGUACCCGAGGUGUGGCCCUCAGUGUACCCGAGGUGUGGCCCACAGUGUACCCGAGGUGUGGCCCACAGUGUACCCGAGGUGUGGUCCACAGUGUACCCGAGGUGUGGCCCCCAGUGUACCCGAGGUGUGGCCCCCAGUGUACCCGAGGUGUGGCCCUCAGUGUACCCGAGGUGUGGCCCACAGUGUACCCGAGGUGUGGCCCACAGUGUACCCGAGGUGUGGCCCCCAGUGUACCCGAGGUGUGGCCCACAGUGUACCCGAGGUGUGGCCCACAGUGUACCCGAGGUGUGGCCCCCAGUGUACCCGAGGUGUGGCCCACAGUGUACCCGAGGUGUGGCCCUCAGUGUACCCGAGGUGUGGCCCACAGUGUACCCGAGGUGUGGCCCACAGUGUACCCGAGGUGUGGCCCUCAGUGUACCCGAGGUGUGGCCCACAGUGUACCCGAGGUGUGGUCCACAGUGUACCCGAGGUGUGGCCCUCAGUGUACCCGAGGUGUGGCCCACAGUGUACCCGAGGUGUGGCCCACAGUGUACCCGAGGUGUGGCCCUCAGUGUACCCGAGGUGUGGCCCUCAGUGUACCCGAGGUGUGGCCCACAGUGUACCCGAGGUGUGGCCCUCAGUGUACCCGAGGUGUGGCCCUCAGUGUACCCGAGGUGUGGCCAGCUCGGGUCGGGUGGGUGUGGAACACAUGA